CUGCAAGUGUUGUUCAAGCGCACGGAGUAUGAAGUAUUAGAGGAGGAAUUUGUGGUACCCGAGAUGAAACGCAUUCAGGUCAAACUUAAACGAGAAAAGGACCGCAUUGCUCAGAAGGAGAUGGCCUCAGCCGCCAUCUCCGAGAGCGCGGCAGUAGUCAGCACUCCUGCGGCAACCAAUAUGUCAA